AUGAGACCGUCAUCACAGAGAACUGCCAAGAACGCUUGACCUGUCUACCAGCCGGCAAAAUAGAACGGCAAAAAAUUAGUUGUGAAAGUAGUGAAGUCUGCACCACUAAGAAUGGUGUUCGUGGAUGCUACCCAAGGCAGUGCAUGGUGGAGGCUGAUGGCUCCUUUAGCCUUUUUAGUGGAGAAACGUGGAACAUCACGUCUAUAGGAGCCUAUGAGUUAGUGAAAGCCUGUAAUGGUGCUCUUGAAGAAGAAUGGUUUAGAGUAGUGGUGGUGUUGGGAAGCCAGAACAGUGUUGUGGCUGUAUAUGUCUACUUUGAAGAAGCCUUCAUUACUUUCACCAACAAGGAGUCUACUUGGAUCAAUGGAAAGCUUCUCACUCUGCCACAGAAGCUGAAAAAUGAAGUGAUGGUUGAGUUAGUUGAGGAUUCACUCACUAUCGAAAAGAAGGGUAUCCUGAGAGUGUCUUUUAGUCUUUCACUUGGCCUUAAAGUGAGUGUGAGUGAUGGCAUGACACCAAAGGUGUGUGGAGCCUGUGGAAGUGACGACAAAAUAUUUGACCAGCCUCUAAGCAUUCAAGAAUUCAUGGCCAAAUGGAGAGCACUUGACUUUCCAAAUCCCCUUUGUUAAAUGUGCUUUUGAUAUAAUGACAUGGGCAUAUCUGCACAUCUGCACACUACCAACUUUUUUAAUCAAUGGAUUUAAAGAAUAAAUUCUUAACAUUUUAACAGUAAGGCCCUUUUUACACCUGGUAUAAAGAAUCAAGAUGUUUCCAGUAAUUGGAUCACAAAUGGUCAGCUGAAAUUGACCAUUGUUCAUGUGUCUCAAAUGCAUCCUCACUGACCUCAUGUAAAUGUUUUUAGAAUGACGUCAAUAUGAAGGCAAACCCAACAGCAUAAAAUAAAAACCUCAAACAAAUAUAUUAAAUCAUUGGAUGGCAAUUUUCUAAAUAAAUUGUCGACUGCAUGCCAUUUCCAGUCUUAAUAAACUUUACAUACUGUAGUACAAAAAAAUUCAAUUGACAUUCUUAAUGCUGAUUUUGCUUAUUAUUGUAGAGUCACAUAAGCUCUAAGUUU